AUGGCUGCCGCUUUCCUUCCCCUCUUCCUGGUUCUGCUGUGUGUCCCGCUUUUCCUGUCGUCCCUCCAGCCGAACGAACGUCGUGUGGUGGCCUACAUUCCUGGCGACUUGAUCAUUGGCGCUCUGUUCUCCGUCCACCACCAGCCGGCGGCAGACCGCGCCCACGAGCGCAAGUGCGGUGAGGUGCGUGAGCAGUACGGCAUCCAGCGCGUCGAGGCCAUGAUGCUGACGCUCAACCGCAUCAACUCCGACCCGGACAUCCUGCCCAACGUCACGCUCGGCUGCGAGAUACGUGACUCCUGUUGGCACUCUGCAGUCGCACUCGAGCAAAGCAUUGAGUUCAUACGUGACUCGCUUAUUGCUGCCGAGAGCCCCACGCCAGCUCCACUCGAUCCUAUUUCUGAAGAUGCGCCAACUGGGGGUGGGGCUAAGUGUUCAGAGGGCCUGCCCACCAAGGGGAAGAAGCCCAUCGUGGGCUUGAUUGGACCUGGCUCGAGCUCGGUGGCUAUUCAGGUGCAGAACCUGCUGCAGCUGUUCAACAUCCCUCAGAUCGCUUACUCGGCCACCAGCAUGGACCUGAGUGACAAAUCGCUGUAUAAAUACUUCAUGAGGGUCGUUCCAUCGGACGCGCAGCAGGCCAGAGCCAUGGUGGACAUCGUCAAACACUACAACUGGAGUUACGUCUCCACCAUUCAUACAGAGGGUAACUAUGGCGAAAGUGGAAUGGCAGCGUUUAAGGAGAUGGCUCUGAAGGAAGGCAUCUGCAUCGCACACUCUGAUAAGAUCUGGAGUAACGCAGGUGAACACAGCUUUGACCGUCUGCUGGUGAAGCUGCGCAGUCGUCUGCCCAAGGCACGCGUGGUGGUGUGUUUCUGUGAAGGCAUGACCGUCCGCGGGAUCCUCAUGGCCAUGAGACGCCAGAGCCUCGCUGGGGAGUUCAUGCUCUUUGGCAGCGAUGGAUGGGCAGAUCGUUAUGACGUAACUGACGGGUAUGUGCGCGAGGCAGCAGGUGGGCUCACAAUUAAACUGCGAUCCUCGGACGUGAAGUGGUUCGACGAUUACUAUUUAAACCUACGUCCUGACAACAAUCUGCGCAAUCCCUGGUUCCCUGAGUUCUGGCAGCAUCGCUUCAAGUGCAGACUGAAGGGUCAUCCUCAGGAGAACCCUGUCUACAACCAGACCUGUAGCAAGCAUAUGUCAUUGCGACAGCAGUACGCUCAGGACACUAAGAUGGGCUUUGUAAUAAAUGCGAUCUACAGCAUGGCGUAUGGGCUCCAUAAGAUGCAGAGAGUUCUCUGUCCUGGUAUGGUGGGGCUCUGUGAUGCCAUGCGGCCAAUCGAUGGUUCUAAACUGCUCGAGUUUCUCAUGAAGACCAACUUCACAGGGGUCAAUGGAGAGAACAUCUACUUUGAUGAGAAUGGAGAUUCGCCAGGAAGCUAUGUGAUCAUGAACUUUAAGAAGAUGGGGAAAGACUACUACGACUACACUAACGUGGGCAGCUGGGACAACAGUGGCCUGCAGAUAGACGAUGACGAAAUCUGGCCCAACAAAGACAGCAUCGUUAAGUCGGUCUGCAGCGAGCCCUGCGAUAAAGGACAGAUCAAGGUGAUCCGUAAAGGUGAGGUGAGCUGCUGUUGGACGUGUACCCCCUGUAAGGAAAACGAGUUUGUGUUUGAUGAGUACACGUGCCGCGCCUGUGAACUCGGAUCCUGGCCUACCGAUGACCUCACAGGUUGUGACCCAAUCCCAGUCGAGUAUCUGCACUGGGGCGACCCAGAGCCGAUUGCGGCAGUGGUUUUCUCCUGUCUCGGCCUCCUGGUGACGUUUUUCGUGGCAGCCGUGUUUGUGGUGUACCGUGACACGCCUGUGGUGAAGUCGUCAAGCCGUGAGCUCUGCUACGUCAUCCUGUUCGGGAUCGGCCUGGGCUACGUCUGCACCUUCUGUCUGAUAUCUAAACCUCGCAUCAUUUCCUGCUUCCUGCAGCGCCUCGGUGUCGGCCUAGCACCUGCCCUGAGCUACUCGGCUCUCGUCACCAAGACCAACCGCAUCGCUCGCAUCCUGGCAGGCAGCAAAAAGAAAAUCUGCACCAAGAAGCCACGUUUCGUUAGCUCAUGUGCCCAGCUAGCCAUUUCCUCCUUCCUGGUCAUGGUGCAGCUCGGCAUCAUCGUCAUGCUGCUCGUACUGGAGCCACCAGAUGUCGUCUUCCACCAUCCAUCCAUCCGAGAGGUCAAGCUUAUCUGCAACACUAGCAACAUGGGCGUGGUCGCGCCGCUUGGCUACAACGGUGUGCUAAUUCUCAGCUGCACCUUCUACGCAUUCAAAACGCGCAACGUGCCGGCGAACUUUAACGAAGCUAAGCAUGUGGCUUUCACCAUGUACACCACCUGUGUCAUCUGGCUGGCAUUUGUACCCAUCUACUUCGGCUCAGACUACAAGAUUGUUACGACAUGCUUCUCUGUGAGCCUGAGUGGCACUGUGGCACUCGGCUGCAUGUUUGCACCGAAAGUCUACGUCAUCCUGGCCAAGCCUGAACGUAACGUCCGGAGCGCCUUUACCACCUCUACAGCCGUGCGCAUGCAUGUGGGGCGGGGUAAAAAGACACCACCGCCCACCAGCAGCCUUGCCAACUUGUGGAGGAGACGCCCCUCGUCUGGAGACACGCUCAGCUCCAACGGUAAAUCGGUGACAUGGGCUCAGACAGAGCGCAAUUCCAAAGGUGGCCACUUGUGGCAGCGUCUCUCCUUCCACAUCAAAAAGCGAGAAAAUAACCAAACGGCCGUGAUCAAACCUUUCUCCAAGGCAUCGGAGGAAGUCACGCCUGAAAGCGCUACUGAUAAAAUGCUUUACGAAGUCGCAGAGAGCGAGGAGAGAUACCCGAUUAUGUAUCGGCCUCAGACUCCGUCACCGAUCAGCACCGUGAGUCAGAGGACGGGACAAAUUCUAGGGCGGAGCCAAGGUACUGAUGAUGAACAGAUCAUUAGUGUUUCCUCCUCAUCACAGGGUUCGCUGAUGGAGCAAAUCAGCUGCGUUGUGAACCGUUUCACAGCUAACAUCAGUGAACUAAACAGCAUGAUGCUCUCAACUUCACCGACACGUCCUCCAAAAGUCCCACCCCCUUACUUCCUGUCCCGAGACAUGUCCAUGCCUGCCACCAUGACAACCUAUGCUGAAAUUCAACCCCUUCCUCCUGUGGAAUCAAACGGGGGCCGUCCAUCCACUUCCUGCCCCCUCGGAGGUUCUUCGGUUGUUAAAGAGAAGAUUUUGGAACCGACGGCACACGAGUCGCAGGCUUCGAAAGCGGAAAUGGAGGAAAUUCUUGCGCUAACGCCCCCCUCGCCGUUUAGAGAUUCUGUGGCAUCAGGAAGCAUCUCGAAUUCUCCUGCCUCUGGAUCGUCACCCAAAUACGAGUGCUUGGUACUACGGCACUACAGCCAGAGCUCCUCGUCCUUAUAA